CUGAGUAGAUGAAAAGGCAACAGCCGGGACAAUCGCCACCAGGGCGCUGGAAAGGAAGAGAGUGAACUUCAUUUUGAUCUUUGGUUGUGCUUGGUGCUGUUGGGAUAUGUUAGUCGUCGAAGUCGUUGAUGAGAUUGAUGAUUUUCAGUUCAUUUCAUGGAGUUGAACCUGGCUUUUAUCCUCAACUGCUCUUGUUGUUGUUGUUGUUGUUGUUUUGGGUCAGAUUCCGAGGUUUGUGUGUGUUUUUCCCACUGGAGGUCGAAGUAUGCAAAUCACAAUUUGUCUACAUACUUGUGCGACACAGACCCAGAGAAAGGGAUUGUUAACAGUGCUCAGGCUAGUUACAGGUACAGCAGAAUAAAGCCGCGGAAGCAUCUUCCCGUCCGAUUCUAUUGGCAAAUCAGGGAAGUUGAGGUAUGGAACAUUCCGAUCAGGAGUGCCGAUCCCUUGCUUGCAGCCUGUGAAUGGCUGCGUAGUGGGAAAUUCUCCGAGAAGCGUUGCAUUGACUGGGUAGUGGAUGUUUGGGUGAUAUCUGUGCUAAUCGGGGCAAGUGUAAAGAAUUACAAUGCUGGACUUUGGAGUAUUAUACGGAUGCUGAGUGACAGAGACAAGCCGCUUCGCUAUUGAUCGAGAUAUGGCAAACGGUAUUGACCCAAUGAAUAGAAGAGGCGUUAACGGGCAAAUUUAAUCAGG